GCACCAUCGGCUUGCUUGGGUUGUUGUUUCAUCCGCCAUUUUCCAUAGUCGCCAUUGAGAGGUGAAAACUGCGCUAAAUGUCGGUGAUAAUUUUAAGAUUUUGAGUGGUUUCUUUAAGAUUGAACCUGUUUUAAGUGUUGUGAAAUGAAAAUGAAGUGCCCUGGACUACCAUGACGCAUCAAACAAACGGUGCCAGUCUCGAGGAUUGCCACACAAACUUCUUCGCCUUGACGGAGCUGUAUGGCAUAAAAUGGCGUAAGCUCGUGUGGGGGGAGACGAGCGGCGGCGAGGGCGAUGAAGGCUCCGCGCCGCUCGCCGACCCCGUGAUCAGCAGCUACGCGCGCUGCCUCGCAGGCGACAUCCUGUGCGUGUGGCGGCGGGUGCCGGCGCCGCAGUCCGCCGACAUCUACGAGAUGACGGCGCCGGCACCCCCACCGCUCUCGCUCAAAGCCGCCAAGGAGCUGUGGAUCUUCUGGUACGGCGAGGAACCAGACUUGAACGGCCUCGUGGCACCGGAGCUCAUUGCGAGCCAAGGCGACCAAGGAUCGUGGGAAAGUGGGCUUUCCUACGAGUGCCGUUCGCUGCUCUUCAAGGCUCUUCAUAACCUCAUUGAAAGAUGUCUCUUAUCUAGGGACUUUGUGAGGCUUGGCAAGUGGUUCGUGCAACCGUACGAUGGAGAUGAAGAGGACGUUGGCAACAGCCCGUGGCACCUGUCGUUCUCGUUCGCGUUCUUCCUCCACGGCGAGAGCACGGUGUGCGCGUCCGUGGACGUGCGGCAACACCCGCCCGUGAGGACUCUGCCGCGCCGCAGCCACAACAACAACCACCAUCAGAAGGUGAUCCUGGCUCCAUUCGGUCUGGAGGGAACUCUGACUGGGCGGGAAUGGAGCGACAGUGACGCCGCCACCGCUCGCCUGCUGGACGCGUGGCGACAACUAUACCCUUUGGAGCAGGGCUGCGGGGCCGUUGAGGUGAUAAUCGGCGGCACGCGCAUGCGCUACCCGGUGCCGUACGCGCUGCUGACGUCGCUGGGCGCGCGCGCGCCGCCGCCCGCGCACUGCCGCGCGCGCUGCGCCACCGCGCUCACCGCGCUCACCACGCCCACGCCGCACCUGCACCACGCGGAGUCUUGCUACAGCGAGUCUGCCCCGGACAAGUCCGAAGACUUCGUGGACCCGACGCGGAAGACCGCGUGCGCAUGCAACAAGUGGCGGCGGCGGCGAGCGCGCCCCCCCCGCCCCGAGCCCUUCCACCGCCGCCCGCGCCGCGCCCGCCUCCACAGGCCGCAUAGAGACACGUCGGCGGGCGGCGCGCUGUGCCUGGCGGGCGGCGCGUGCUCGCCGGGCAGCUGCGGCGGCGGCUCCCCCGCGCCCCCCGCCUCCGCGCCCUCCUCCGCCGGCGCGCAGCCCUCCUCGCCGCAUCACGCGCCCCAGUUACAGGUGGUGGCGGGCGUGCCGGCGUCGCUGCACACGCCCGCGCCCACGCCGGACCCGCUGGCGCCGCCCACGCCCGCGCCGCCCUCCGCGCCCGGCACCAAGCUAUUCGCACAGGGCGAUUCCCCACCGAGCGGCUCGGCGAACAACUCGAUCAGCCAACUGGACCCGCUGCCGGCCGAGCUGGUCAAGCGGCCCAGUCUGCCCGUGGCCGAGAGGAAGGUCGACCCCCUGGAGGAUGAGCAUUCACUGCACAUGCUCUAUGAUUAUACCACCGUCUACGCUUGGCUGGAGCACCCAGUGAAGCGAUUUAAAAGCGAAGAGAACAGUUGGAGCGAAGAGUUAGCUCUGGGUUCGCGCGGCGGCGACCUGUACGCGGGGCACGAACACACCACGAUGGCCACUUUGCUGCCCGCCGCGGACACGGACAUCAAGCUGGAGAAGACGGACCAUGAGGACGUAAAAGAGUACAAGAACCUAUUCACGUCGGACGGCCUCUGUCCGACGCUGAAGGACCUGGACCAGAUAUUCGACAAUUCUGACGACGCGGCCAGCGGCGAUGAGUCGGUAAGACUUCUGGCCGUGCAAACGCCGCCGGACUCCAACAAGUCCAUGGAAGAGUCCCGGUACAUGCGCGGCGGCUGCGUCCGGGCCGAGGAGCUGAGCAAGAUGUUCCCCACGCCGCCCAGCAUGGAGCCCCACACGCAGCCCUCGCCGGGCUUCUCGCUGCCCGACGACACGCCCCACGCCCACCACCACGCGCUCGCGCACGCGCAGCGGCACCUGCUGGCGGGGUCGCCGCCGCCCGACCCCAUAGAGGACUGGUCGUACGUGUUCAAGCCGCCGACGGUGUACAAGUACGUGGGGUCGUCGAAGUACGCGCCGCUGACGUGCCUGCCCAGCCAGCAGCUGCCCGCCGUCAGCCUGCCGCCCGCCGCCGUCUACCGCCCGCGCUGGCAGCACGACGCGGCCGAGGCUACGGGCGUGAAACGGAGCGCGUCCCCCGCGGCGGAGACGCGCGAGGCGACGCGCAGCCGGCGGGCGUGCUCGGCGACGCCGGGCGGCGCGGCGGCGGGCGACGCGCCUCCGCCCGCGCCCGCCGCGUCCCCCGCGCCGCGCGCCUCGCCCGCGCCCAGCGGCGCGUCGCCGGCGUCCCCGCGGGCCACGCACGCCGCCUGCCCGCUGCUGCUCAACGUGCUGCUGGCGGACACCGUGCUCAAUGUGUUUCGUGAUCACAACUUCGACAGCUGCACGCUCUGUGUGUGCAAUGCGGGGCCCAGGGUCGUGGGCAACAUCCGGGGCGCGGACGCGGCUACUUACUUGCCGGGGCCGACGUCCCCGGGCUCGCCGAGCUCCGCGGACGAGGACCCGGGCCGGUGUAGCUGCGGCUUCAGCGCCAUCGUCAACCGGCGCCUGUCGCACAAGGCGGGUCUCUUCUACGAGGACGAGAUGGAGAUCACGGGGCUGGCGCCGGAGUGCGGCGGUGGCGGGUCGGCGGCGCUGGCGGACGCGGCGGCGCUGGUGCUGGCGGCGUGCGCGGGGCCCGCGGGGGGCGCCGCCGCCGCGCUCGCCCGCGCCGCGCGCGCGCCCGCCGCGCACGACGAGCUGCGGCUCAACGUGCUCGAAUACUCGGACGGCGGCGCGGCGGCGGCGCGCGCGCUGGCGGCGGCGGGCGGCGCGGGCGCGGGCGCCGUGCACCGCUGGCCCUUCAUCGGCGCGCGCGCGCCGCGCUCCUCAAGGGACGUCGUCAGAUUAAUGCGCCGCCUCCGGCCGCUCCUGCAAGACGCCAUCCAGAAGCGGUGCUGCGGCGCGCGCAUGUGGGACGGCGUGACCGGCCCGCUGACCUGGCGGCAGUUCCACCGGCUGGCCGGCCGCGGCAACGAGGACCUGUGCGAGCCGCAGCCCGUGCCGCCGCUGCUGGUGGGCCACGACCGCGACUGGAUCUCGCUGUCGCCGUACGCCAUCAGACACUGGGAGAGACUAUCCCUGGAGCCGUACUCGUACGCGCGCGACGUGGCGUACGUGGUGCUGGCGGCGGAGGGCGACGUGCUGACGGAGCCGCUGCGCACCUUCUUCCGGGAGCUGUCCACCGCCUACGAGGCGUGCCGGCUCGGCAGGCAUCAACCGGUGCACCGGAUAGCGCGCGAGGGCAUCGUGCGCGCGGCGCCCGCCCCGCGGCCGGGCGAGCGCGCGGAGCACGAGUGGGCGGGCGCCGUGCCCGCCGGCCGCCUGGGCGACUACGUGCGCGCCUACGGCGACGCGCUGCGCUCCAGCCUGGUGCCCGCGCUGGCCGCGCUGGGCCUGGAGCGCGCGCUGCUGGACCCCGAGCCCGCCACGCCCGACCACCCCGCCGCGCCCUCCACUCAAGGCGAGGCGGAGGAGAGCGGCGCGAGCGCGAACGCGCAGGCGGGCGCGGGCGCGGGCGGCGGCGAGGGCGGCGCGCCGCUGCUGGUGCUGUACCUGGUGGAGCCGCCCGCGCCGCACGACCAGCGGCCGCGCGCGCUGCCCGCGCUGCUGCGGCUGGCGGCGCGCGCGCACCACGCGCUGCGGCACCACAACCCGCUCGUGCAGAUAAUAUCCCUAGAAGGCGUUUACGAGAUGUGGGGCAUGGGCGGCUGCGUGUCCGAACUCCGGUCGCUGGCGUUCAGCGUGUUCAGCGGCGCGCGGCGGCUGCUCCAGCACCAGCCCGACGGGAAGUCGCUCACCGGUUUCGGGACCGCUGCAGACGCGAACCUCUUCUUAUCCAACAAAGAUGAGAAAAACCGAGCACCGUACAAGUUGUUCACGCCGGCCUGGGUGUUAGCGCCGCCUCGCGCCCUUCGAGACGUCGCCGAGAGCUGGGGCCAGAACUACGGGUCUACGGGCGCGGUGCUGUUCGUGUCCUACUGCCUGUCGCACGACCAGCGCUGGCUGCUCGCCGCGGCGACCGACGCGCGCGGGGAACUGCUCGACACUGUCGCCAUCAAUAUCGAUGUGCCGCAUAGAUCGCGACGGAGAAGGUCUGGACCGGCGCGGAGGCUGGGCCUGAAGAAGCUGAUGGACUUCACACUGGGCGUGAUGAGCCAAGCGGCCGUGCCGUGGCGGCUCGUCGUAGGCCGAGUGGGGCGAAUCGGACAUGGAGAACUCAAAGGUUGGAGCUGGCUCCUGUCCCGGAAGAACCUGUACCGAUCGUCGACGGCCCUGCGGGAGAUGUGCAGCAGCUGCUCCGUGCUGUACCCCGGCGGCGCGCCCGUCAUCCUGUCGGCCUGCCUCGUGUCCACCGAGCCCGACAGCUGCCUGAGGCUCAUGGCCGACAGGUUCACUCCGGACGAGAGGUUCUCGCAAGCGUCGAUACAAUCCCACCUGCACACGCCGCGUGACGUCACCGCCACACAUAUCCUAGUGUUCCCCACCUCCGCCACCACACAGUCAAACCAAAUGCCGUUCGACCCGCCGAUGGCCAACGGCGAGGGCGACGACAUGAUAUUCAACGUCGACAUGAUCGGCGACGAGGACAUGGGCGAGGACAACAUAUCGGACCUGUUCAUCGGCGACGUGUUCUCCAACAUGUGGGCGCAGAACAGCCCGCGGCGCGCCGACGACGACCCCGCCAGCCCCGCCGGCCACGCGCCGCACGCGCCCGCGCCCCACCACCACGACGACGCGGCCGCGGAGCAAGUGGGCACGGUGCUGCAGCAGCCGCUGGCGCUGGGCUACCUGGUGUCGACGGCGCCGCUGGGCGGCAUGCCGCGCUGGUGGUGGGCGGGCUGCGACCACCUGCGCGACGCCUGCCCCGCCUUCCUCAAGAACGCGCUGCACCUGCACACGGGCAACGUGCAGUCCGCCGACGACUACACCUCGCUCAUGCAGCGCCGCGACCACAACGCGCACCCGCUCGACUCGCAGACCACCACCGACGUGCUCAGAUACGUGCUCGAAGGCUACAACGCCCUGUCGUGGCUCUCUCUGGACAACGCGACUCACGACCGCCUCUCGUGUCUGCCGCUACACGUGCAAGUUCUAAUGCAACUCUACCACACCGCCGCCGCGCUCGGGUAAUGCCGUCGUUCUAACCGGGAACACAAGAGGACGAUUUUAUCGACGCGACGAUCUUUGACAUUUUGGUGUGAGGUGGAGAAAUGGUAAGAUCCCGAGACCGCCAAGAGAGGCAGAGUGUAAUAUCUCGCUUUAAAAACCGCUGAAUAUUUGGCCUUUUGGUCUUAAGGAAGGAUUUAGAACCAGAUAACACCAAUCUCUAGACGGAGACACCUAUAUCGUUGCAAUAUGGCUGCAAAAUAUUGGGUCCAGGAAUAGAGGUGACAUUUUGAUUUGUAUGACGGCUCUCACGAGGUUCGCUCAUCAAAUUCACUUCAAGUUUAAUUUCUUUUGCAAACCUUGCUCAUGAGCUUAAGUAAAACCCGGGUAUUUUUCAGUUACUUUUGAAACAUGUCAUUGUUAUCCUUGAGCACAACACAAUUGUAGAAAAAUAUGGGUGUUUUUAAUACAAUACAUAUUUCUAUAUAUUUAUCAUUACAAUAGAAAAUAUGGCAACAAUUUGUAACAAUAAAGUUUAGUUCAUUAUAGGAGCACGUGAGAUCCGUCCAUCAGAAUGAAUGUACCGCUGGCUGCACGAAGCGAAGUCACUUGUCAACGUGUUUAAUUUAUUAUUUGGAACUAGCUAGUUAGAUAAUUAACUACUGUCUGUAUUAUAUAUGUUUAGCUAGUGAAUUGUUUAUUUAUUUUAUCUUAUUUAAUUUAUAAUUUGUAAAUAAUGUAAUUAACUAAAAUAUUGCGUAACAUGUCCAUUAAUUUUGUUAAUCUUUGUAUUUAUUAUGAAAUACUUGACAAAUGAAUUCGCUUCGUGUACGCAACAUCUGACGGUCGAUUAGCAAAGAACUUUCCAAAGAUUGUCACGCGUCGUGCGUUAUACGACCACAUGACGUCACAACUUCAUAUUUCUAUCCUUACCUGUCGUAUGAACUUGCCGCCUGCUAGAGCGAGAUAGUGUUUCGUGAUGUGGUUGAGUUGGUUAGCGGGUGCGUACCCGCGAUCUAAUACGUGUGCCUUUUUCGGUCUUCAACUAAAUUCAGAUUAUCUAAUGCGAUAGAUCGCGGUCGCUUACCAAAACAAAUGUUACCACGCACAAAAUUCACAAGAUAUAUAUAUUUCAAUUUUCGGAUAUUUUAUAGGAUAAUGUGACAAUUAUUUAACACAGAAAAGUAAUUCCGAUAAUUGAAAUAUUGAUCCUUAAUUUAAAAAAAAAUGUUUAUAAAAUCUAGACUUAACUAGAUAAGCCGGGAAUCUAGAUCGUUAGUUCGAUAACAUGGAGGUCCAAUUUGGCAUAUGAAUGAUUUUCUAAAGUUUAUAUACUGAGAUUAGCUCGACGGCAUUACUGGUGCAUCAUCAGUCGUUACCUUCUGAUAAGCUGACACACAUACCUACCUAAACAACACAUACCACUCUUUUGCGGAGGGGUAGGCAGAAACUGUGUCUUACAAUUUGCCUAUUAUUUUGUUUCAUUGACAUUCAAUCAAUAUUUUCUGCACGCUCAGUUAAGAGUGUUCAUAACUAGUUAUAAAACUCAAUGAACAAAAUGUCUGAAACAUCUGUUUUAUUUAUUGCCCACGUAAAGAGGUACGGAUAUAAUUUGCAAAGUGUGAAAUCCAAAAUUUUUGUGAUCUUACAGGACUAUGACACAAAUAUCAUAGUCAUGUCUCUUACGUAGCUAGCGGUAACGACUGGGAUUGACUCAUUUCAUUCACCCCCCGUUCUGCAGGGGUUCUCUUCCAUUCUACUCUCAUACUUCCUGAUCUCUCGCUCCACAUAUGUAUUACGAACCUCAUUUUUUGUAGCUAAUCGUCAAUUUUACCAUAGCUGAAUCAUUUCUAAAUGUAACUUAUCGUAUUUAUAUAUAACUACUGUAUACUGUGUAAAAAUGAGACUUAUUUUUUCAUGUUUUAUGUAUUUUUUGUGGGUUCUUUUGACUUGACAUCCUUCGGACAACGACGACGCUCGAGAGACAUCAAAUUAAUUUAAGAAUAUGUUUUUAUUCAUAUUAGUUUUUGGUCAAAUUUCUAUGAUGAUUUUACAUACAUAAAAUCACGCCUCUUUCCCUAAAAGGCAGGCAGUGACUAUAUUUAUAUACUGAUAUGUAAUUUUUCAUGUGUGUCAGAAUGGCGGGUGUACCUCACGGAUUUUAAUAUCUGUUUUGGAUUAAAAACGUACCUGAUGUGUACCUCAGUGUACCUAUCCUAAAAAUCUGUGUACCUCCUUCUAUGUAAAGAUUUUUAAUAAAAUAGGUACACCCGCCAUCCUGACGUCAGGACCGCGGGUGUACUUCUAGUUAGAAUAUGUAGGUAAGUUAACUGUAUAUGUAGAUUUGGUACCUCUUGUGUACCUGCAGAAACAAAUAUUAAAUAAAUAAAAAAUAUUAAGGGUACUGAGAAAAUGAAAAAAAAGAAACUCUUAUAGGAUCACUCUAGUGUGUGUCUGUAUGUUAUUAUACAUUUAUGUAUAGGUACAGAAUUGUAACAUUCCUAAAUCACAAAAUAUAUUUUUAUGUAUAUAUUACAAAAAAAUAUUUCAAUCCAUAAAGGUCACAUUCUGAAAUCAUACAUUUUGAGCUUUUUCUUACAUUAUUACGAAGAUCGUCAAAACACUCCCAUCGCUUGCCUCGGAAGGAUACCUACAUGAAAGUAUAUACUGUAGUAAUGAACUAAAAGUAGAUCAUUUAUACAUAAACAUUUUGUUGUUGAUAUAGUUAAUUAUAAUUUGUAUUGUGCAACUUCUUUUCUGUUUUGUUCAGAAUGUGUCAUAACUGGCCAGUUACAAACAAAGAAAAAGAAAAUUUUAUCAUGAAAAAAAUG